CCAAGCGUCGGUGCAAUUGGAAAGCCAAUAAGUCAUGGUGAACUGCAAAAACACGAAAUGUGUCAAGGGCGUCAAGCAACAGAGGGAAAGGUAUCAGGACCAAGCGGCGGUGCACAUGACAAGGGAUCGGGUUCGCCUCUGGGAUUAGGACCAAGCAGCGGUGCACAUUGCAGGGGAUCGGGUUCGCCUCUGGGAUUAGGACCAAACGGCAGUGCACAUGGCAGGGGAUCGAGAGGCGAUGCAAGUGGCCAGGAUUUGGGAGGAAGCGGCGGUGCAAGCGUCAAGGGCGUAAGUCAUGGAGAACUGCCGAAAUGUGUCGAGGACGUCCUUCUGGAUGACCAAGUUUGGGCGACCACUGUGUUGGCGAGCGAGAGUGUUACUGCGCAAGUGGAUAAUACUGGUGCACUUGCAGAAUUAGAGAUGCUAUUGGAUAUGCCAACUGAGAAAGAUGAACAUGAAGUCUCUCUGGACAUGAAGAAUGAAAGCGCGACUGCAGGUGCAAACGAAACUGCCAAUGUACAGGCCAUCGAAAGCGCCAAUGUACUACUAAGUACACGGGAGCAACAUACGCUUGUACAGCCUGAACUUAUGGUUGCAAAAUCAGAAGCACAACAGUUUGCUAACCUCGUGAUAUCUAUCGACGAAUCUCCUUUUACACCAUCGCAUGAUGCGAUAGAAGAUCGUGUUGAAGACAAAGUGUUAGUGAGCCACCGAGUGCAUGACCCUUCGUUCCAGAUUCUUUUAGCAACAAAACGCCUCACCGUAGAAGAAAAAGAGUAUCUUGACAUGAUUACAGGCAGCAGCGAAGACAAUGAAGCAUACGACAUUGUCGAUUACAAGGGGAGAUGGAAGGUGGGAAAGGAGGACAUCAUGGUCGUCGUCGAGGAUGGGAAAUGGCUAAAUAACGAAGUCGUCAAUUUGUACCUGCUAGCCGUCCAGAUCACCAAUGAUCACAUCAAGGUUGAUUCGGCAUGUACAGAAGUGACAAGAGAUAGGGUUCGUUUUGUGUACAUUUUCAAUUCAUUUCUCUUCACUCGAUUGUCAGGUCCUUCGAGGUUUGAAACCGCAUAUUCCGAAGGGAUGAAAUGGGUGAAGGACACAAAUCUUUUUGAUUAUGACUUAGUGAUUAUCCCUCUUCAUUUUGGAAAUCACUGGGCGUUAGCUUAURUCAGYAUAGACGGUCCUAACUGUAAAUUCCACCUCAUAGACUCUCUCCUUCGUGCUGACUAUGUUUCAGUCCUUGAACGUUUGGAAGAUUUUUUCGAAGCGGAGUUUCAUCGGCACAAUCUUCGCGAAAGAUAUUAUGUGGACGGACCUACAUCCUCCUUUGAUACAUCAGUGGAUGGGAUUCCUGCUCAAGAGGAUCCUUGUAGUUGUGAUGUUUUUAUGUUAGGUUUUGCAUCUUUGCUUGCAAGAGGUCACUUCCCUCCAUUUGCUUUCUCACAAGCCAACAUUUCUGAUAUGAGGCUUAGAAUAGCAUUUGACAUUUUGUCCAUGGUUAGAUACGAAAGUUAAUGAGGUGCGACUAAAGCUACAGUCCGUAGUUAAUAUUUUGUUGAUGAGAUUGACAUGUUUACUGAGUGUAAACAUUCGAGGUAAAAACUUGACAUUGUAUUAUAUUUUGAGCACAUGCAACACGGGAGCAUGACUGUCACAUUAAUUUCUCCUCAUUGUUUUGUCGUUCCUUCAACUUUGCAUUGCUAUGAACAUUGUUUCGUCCUUAUUUUGCUUUGUCGUUAUUUCGAUUUGUUGUUAUUUUGCUUUGUCGUUAUUUUGCUUUGUCGUUAUUUUGCUUUGUCGUUAUUUUGCUUUGUCGU